GGCGAGGCAGGGGUCAGAGGUCGUGCCAGAGGGAGGGUUCAGCGAGGGGAAGGUUUCCCUGGGGUUGGCAUGAGUUGACCUUUGGCCCUCCUGUCGCCAAGGCCAUGGCCCCCCGGCGGCCCCCGGAGCUCUACCGGGCUCCCUUCCCCCUCUAUGCCCUGCGCGUGCAUCGCGAGGCUGGUCUGGUUCUCAUCGCGGGUGGCGGCGGAGCUGCCAAGACCGGCAUCAAGAAUGGCCUGCAUUUCUUGCAACUGGACUGGAGAGGAGGUGAACUGUCUGCUUCACUGUUGCAUGCACACGACACAGAGACACGAGCUACGAUGACCAUGGCAUUGGCAGGGGACAUCAUUGCUGCUGGGCAGGAUGCCACCUGCCACAUUCUGAACUUUCAUCUGCAGAAACCCAGUCAGAAAGGGGGUAGUGGUGAUUGUGCCCCCAAUAAAGCAAGUGGUGAUGAGAAGGGUCCCCGGAGGCGCAAGGCCCCCCCACCCAGUGGGCCUGGUAGCAACGGCGAUACACGCAAGGAGACGAAUGAAGUGACUGUGGAAACUCUGCACCGUGUCCAGACAGAUACCAGCCCUGAUGCCCUGCAGAAGGCUGUGUGCUUUAGUGAUGACCACACCCUCCUGGCCACUGGUGGCGUGGAUGGAUUCCUACGGGUCUGGGAGUUUCCCAGCAUGAAGAAAACUCUCGAGUUCCAGGCCCACAAGGGGGAGAUCGAGGACAUAGCACUGAGUCCUGAUAAUAAGGUCGUGACAGUGGGACGGGACUUCCAGUGCUGCGUGUGGCAGCGGGACCAGAUGGUGACAGGGCUGCGCUGGAACGAGAACCUUCCGGGCAUCCCGGAUAAGGCCUACCGCUACCAGGCUUGCAGGUUUGGAAUAGUGGAGGACCAAGCCAAGGCGCUGCGGCUAUACACAGUGCAGAUCCCCUACAAGCGGGAGCGACGACCACCCCCUUGCUACAUCACCAAGUGGGACGGGCACAGCUUCCUGCCCCUGCUCACCCGGCCUUGUGGCAAUGAGGUCAUCUCAUGCCUCUCUGUCAGUGAUACUGGCACGUUCCUGGGUCUGGGCACCGUGACGGGCUCCGUUGCCAUCUUUGUCGCCUUCUCCUUGCAGAGGUUGUACUAUGUGCGGGAAGCGCACGGCAUCGUGGUCACAGCUGUGGCCUUCCUGCCCGAAACCCCUGAGCUGCUGAAGGGCAACGAGGCGGCCCUGCUGAGUGUGGCCGUGGACAGCCGCUGCCGUCUGCACCGGAUCCCCUGCCGGCGGAGUUUCCCGGUAUGGCUGGUGCUGCUCUUGUGCGCUGGACUGUUGGUAGGCACAGUCCUGAUGCUACAGCUGGCCUUCCCAGGCUUCCUCUAGCCCCCC